AUGGACACAACUCCCACUCUCGCAAACGCUGUCAUGGCUAUUCAGGGAACUAACAGCUUUCCCGAUUAUGAGCAGAGACUGAUUGACGCCUUUCUCACGGCGGAAGAGAAAUUUAAAAUUCUCGAUGAUCACGGGGAGAACGAAGCUAUUCCCAGCUCCCUGGACGCGGAACCAGGUCCCUUUGUUGCAGAAGAUGAAGUUACUCCAGGCUCUAUCGAACUAGAAGUAAAGGAAGGACCAUGGCUUGCAAAGGUUGGGCCAGCUUCUUGCAGUUUCAAGGAGCAAGCAGAGGAUACGGACGCUCAUGUGGGCAGGAUUGAUUUGGUAGUUCAGAAAGAUGCUCUCACAAGCAGUUCCAGCGCAGUGACACAGCUUGGACAAGCGCAACCUUCGGUCAAUAGCGAAACACCGCACCCUUCGCAAGCUAAUAAUCAUAAAGCUCCAUUGAUAAUUGUCAGGUCGGUCAGAGACUACCAGAAGAGAGGGAUUGAGGAACAUGAGGUUGUUGAGGCUGCGAAGAGAAUCAGAGUGAACGAACCUCCCAUCCCUGCCUUAAGCUCCGCUGCUGCUUCGACGUGUGGGGUAAUUCUUCAACCUAUCUACACGAUGAACACCUUCCCGAGCAGACAAGUAAGGGAACAUGAACGUAUCUACCAGAGAUUUAGGACGGUGGCCUCACUGGAUCCCACCAUUUCAACGGCAGGUGAAGCUGCCAUUGACCACUGGGCGAUGGAGCAGCUGCUGGCUUUGAGUGGUGGGAUCAUCCGGCACACCCCCAAGGUUAGGGAAUAUUGA